GAGGACACAUCUAACUAUAAUCAUAAUCGACCUGAUUCUGAAAGGUGUUUGAGGCGUAGAGUCUCGUCAUGGAACUUUGCGCAUGAGCAAAGCAGAUCUCAACCUCCAUGCUUGCAUGCAAACUUCACAACUUCAUCUCUAAAUCGACGUUUGCGUGGGUGGGGCCGGGGCUGGGGCGGUCGGCGUGGGUGGAGAGGAAGGAAAGCCAGCUGAGUCCAGGUGGAUGUCAAACACUGUUGGCGCGUGACUGCGCGCUCCCCGCGCUCCCCUCCGUCUUUCGCUCUCUCUGGAAGUAGAAGUCUGGUUGCAGCAGUGGAUCAGUCUAUGUCCCGGUUCGGCGGUCAGACAGACGGUCGGAGGCGUCGCUCUGUUGGUUGUAGAUGCUCCAGCUGAUGCUGAGGUUCACUUAUGGAGGCGACAGAGAACCCGGGCUUUUGCUUUCACCCACGAAGGAAACGCGCAAACUGCCCGGACGAAUGACGCGUCAGAGGGACGGACGCCGGCUCCCAGCGGCCGAACGCGCUGCUCAGCAUCGCUGCCCAUUAUCCUCCCGCUCUUACUUUCUAUGAAGACGUCUUCAGAGACAGAUGCCCUGCAUGGGAAGUUACGGGGGGAGCAGGGAUAAUUCCUCAAAGGCGCCUUCUCCAUUUUCGUGCCGCGCUCUCCAGCCAAGGGUUUUUAUCUUCACUGGGCCUGCUCUUCUGGGACCUUAGCCAGCUCUUCAAGUCCUCCAAGAAGGAAUCUAACUGACUGAGAUGAAGACUUCUGAAAAAUGAGCUGCCAAUAUUCUCCCGAGCCCACAUUCAGUGGAAGGGGUGUGGACUUCGAACGAGCUUACUCCUGAUUGGCGACAGAAGUUGCCAUAGAAACGUUGACUCAGGCCGACCCGGACCAAUCCCUGUCGUCUGGCUCCAACAUGGCGACGUCGUGGAAAAAUGGCGACUGAAUUGGCUUCAUUUUGCCGGAGACGGAGGACUUUCCUUUUGACAUCGCUCUUUGGAAUGGAGGUCUCCUAGAUCGUUGGACCUCCAUUGCAUCAUGAAAGGACUGGGGACCAAUCGUAACAGACACCUAUCUGACUCCUGUGACCCCUCUUCUGGGCAUUCGGAAGCCUUCUACACAGAAAAGACCAGCACACUGCCACGCAGUCCAUACCUCCUAAGUCCCACAAUGGAUCAUUAUGGCUCCAUGGAUCCUCACUUUUACCCCUCAACCAACCCUGGAUCCCUUCCAGCAGAUUGCAUGCUGCCCCUCAACAACCAGCUGUCCAACAGCAGCACAUUUCCCAGGAUUCACUACAAUUCCUAUGACCAGUCCGAUUUCUCUCCCCCUGGUGAUAGCAUUGGGGGGAUAAGUACUGGUACAAUGGGGCCAUCCAUGUCCAUGGGCAUGACUCCUGGUAUGGGCAUGGCAGGGCUAGGUGGAAGAAUGCCCAUGAUUACAAGUGGCUCAGCAACAAUAUCUCAUCAUAUGACCAAGAAUCAGAUGCCACCUCACCUAUUGGAGUUUGAAAAGCAGCUGCCUGGGGGGCAUGAUGGAUUUAGCACUUUGCAGUUUCAUCGAACGUCUGCUGCCGCUGCUGCCAAGCAGAGAACGGACAGCCCUGGUCGGAUCCGCUACAUGCUCCAUUCAGUGCAGAAACUUUUUGCAAAGUCUCAGUCAAUGGAGACUCACAACAUGAAAGGAAAUGUCAACGGACGAUCUACUGGCAGCGGCGGGGGCUCAUCAGGCACUGAGGAUGGAGGGAGGCAUCAACGCAGGUCAAAAAGUAAAGACCGUGGAAGUGGAACUAAAUCGGAGGCAACAGCCAAGCGCCGACCACGAUCCAACAUGUCAGGUUAUUGGAGCUCAGACGAUCUGGACAGCAGUGACUUGAGCAGUUACCAUAACACCAUGGGCAUGAUGACUCAGGGGCGUCCAACUGGUCACGACACCCAAGUUGGACAAACUAGAUACGUGCACAGUGGCUACAACACCAUCAGUUCCUCCAAAAGCACCAACGACAUGAAGUAUCCGGCCCUUCCUGCAUCUGGAGGACGAGCUGGAACAGCUGACAUGUUGAUGAAUGAUGGUGACUACAUGAAAGGAGGAUCUUGGUCCACUCUGACUAUGGGUCAACCGAGACAGGUGAUCCAGAAGGGCUCGGCCACACUGGAUAGGUCGAUGCUCAAGUCCAAGUCCUGCCAACAAGACCUCACUUGCAACUACCUGCAGGUUGGACGAAGGGGUGAUUGGAGCAGCACGUUAGGCCGUAGCGGGGGUCCCAAUGAAAUCCCAUGCCGCCGGAUGCGCAGUGGAAGCUACGUGAAGGCGAUGGGAGAUAUGGAGGAUAGCGACGACUCUGACGGAAGCCCCAAACCUUCACCAAAGACUGCUGCUCGCCGCCAGAGCUACCUCAGAGCCACCCAGCAGUCUCUAAGCGACCAGCUGCCCCCUCGCAACAGAACCCUGGAUUACACCUUGUUGCAGGGGGAGCUGGACGCCCUGUGGUCUCCGAUCCACAGUGUGUCCUCUCUGCACCAGCUGGGCAGGUCAAUGAGCAGCUGUCUUCCAUCUCUCAAAGAGAUGUCCAGCAAUCGCAGCCUGGACAAUCUGGACUGCAUUGGAGGAGCAGGACCUCUGGUGCCGUGGGAGGAUGAUGACUUCAGCCAGGCCUGCAGCACUCUGGGCAGACGGAGCUGUCUGGGUCAGCUGAGGGACCUGGAAAGGAGUCAUGCCUACGAGGACCGCAGCUCAGAGUCCACCUUCAGAGAUUCCCGUUCCCAAUCUCAGGACAACUCAGAGCCUCCAGAUCUGCCCAUGCCGACAUGCUUCCGAUCCCGCAGCCACAGCUACCUGAGAGCCAUCCAGGCUGGAUGCUCCCAAGAUGACGACUCUGCGUCGGUAGACUCAGGCUGCUCUCCACCCCCAAGCGAUUCCACCGUUCGCACAUACAGCACCAGCACUGAUGACCUUUCUGCACAGUGGAAGACAUGGAAAGAGCAGUUUGCCUCUUACCUGAUAGCCACUGGCUUGGACAAAGCCCCAAAGGAGAAACAGCUCGCAAUUUUUCUUCAGCGUUUUGGAAAAGACAGACCACGCAUCCUACCCCCACACACAGUCUCCACCUGCAUAACGACCUGUAAAAAGACUGCUCCUCCACCCGUGCCGCCGCGUACGACCUCCAAGCCCUUCAUCUCGGUGACCGUGCAGAGCAGCACCGAGUCGGCGCAGGACAACUACUUGGACCAGCAGGACCGCAGGUCCGAAGUCAACAGCCAGUCUAGCCACGCCCACAGCAACUCCUCCGACAGCCUCGAUAGCACCCGUGCCAACAGUCUGGCCCGGGGUAUUCCUCGACUUCCGCACAUCAUCGCUACCCCAGUCGCAACCACCAGAGAGCCGGCUGCCUCCAGAACCGCCAACGCUUCCACGGAGACGAGUGACUCGGGAGUCCAGAGCGAGUUCCUGAAGUCCGGCUCCAACAGAGGGAGUCUAGCCGCAGAGGAGGCCUUCGUACCCCCGGUUCCCAGACGCAAACUCUCCUCCAUCGGCAUCCAGGUUGACUGCAUUCAGGAAGUUCCCCGAGAGGAAACUCCGCCCCCGGCCAAGUUUCAGUCCAUUGGAGUACAGGUGGAGGACGGGUGGCAGCUCAGCCGCUCCAGCAGUAUGGCCUCCAAACAGGAAACGGACUCCGACACGCAGGAUUUCUUCAUCAACUCCCUCAUCAAUCACGCCAAAUCCUCUGACAAGAAGGUCAUGGUCAGCAGUGCCAGCCAAUCCAUGAGCUCCCCUCCCAGAAAAGACUCUCUGGACAACGGAGAGCCCUCGGGAGACGCGUCCCCCCCACCGCCCCCCAGGCAGAUCCUCAACCGCUCCACCACGCGGAGCAGCUCCUCCUCCUUUUCGGAGAGCCUGGAUCCAGCGCUGGACCCCUCGUCUCUGCCUCCGCCGGACCCCUGGCUGGACAGCGGGACGGACGGUCACAGCGGCCUCCCGCAGGGCGGAGGGGGCGGGACGCUGUGCAGAAGGGACGGUCACUGGUUCCUGAAGCUGCUGCAGGCGGAAACGGGACGCAUGGAAGGGUGGUGCCAGCAGAUGGAGCAGGAAACCAAAGACAACCAGCUGUCAGAGGAGGUGCUGGGCAAAGUUCGCAGCGCAGUCGGAAGUGCUCAGCUCCUGAUGUCUCAGAAAUUCCAGCAGUUCCGGGGAUUGUGUGAACAGAACCUGAAUGUGAAUGCCAACCCGCGGCCCACGGCCCAAGACCUGGCUGGUUUUUGGGACAUGCUGCAGCUCUCCAUCGAGGACAUCAGCCUCAAGUUUGAUGAGCUCUACCACCUCAAGUCCAAUGACUGGCAUCCCGCGCCAUCCGCUGCUGCCCGGUCGCCCCCCGAGCGGAAGGAGGAGAGGACGGCACUCCCGGCGUCAAAAAAGCCUGGUAAGGGACGCCCGACCCUCGGCCGCGAGAAGAGCGCGGACUCUUCGUCCACGCCUUCGUCUGCUUCGGCGGAAAAGCAGAAACAAGAAGCUCGCAAGCGCCUGCUGGCUGCCAAGAAGGCCGCCUCUUUCCGCCAGAACUCAGCCACGGAGAGCGCUGACAGCAUCGAAAUUUACGUCCCCGAGGCCCAGACUCGCCUUUGAGAGGAGCCCCGAAAGACAAACGGGACUUCAAUGAGCUGCACGGAGUCCAACCGAGAGGGCAUGACCCCCGAUUCAAAGGCUGGUCCUGGUCGAAACGGAGAACCAAACAUUUGUGGACUUGAGAGGCUGAAGACCUCAGCUGAUGGACGUUUUCUCUUCUUACUAUUCUUGAUAUAAAAUUAAAAUAAAGAGGCUGUUGGUAACUAAACAACAAUAGGUCAAAUAUUCUAUAUGAAGACUGUUUUAAAAGUUCCUGUAUCUUGGCUAUAAGAUUUAUUAGGUGGUCAGAAGUAAAGCGUUAAUGCUUCUGUCUCUCACUGGCUUGCUCUCUUCCCAGAUCACUGGCCAUCUCGUAGCUUUGCACAGCACCACCUUGUGGCCAUCACACACACUGCACACAAUCUACACAUCGUCUUCCUUGUUUUUUUCAUGUUUCAUAGUAUGAGAUUUGUCAAAAAUGCUUUUAAUUCAGACUUUAAUAGAUCAUGGUGGCAUAUUAAAUUGAAAACUGAAGUUUAGGAAUUUGCUUUUUAGACUGUUGUUGGUGCCCAAAUAUUUUGUGUUUUUGUCACUGCUGACAGGUGAAACCUCAGAAUGAAUUUGUUUAAAAGCACAUCCCAAUCUUAGCUAUUUAUUAUAAUAGGUUGUAUGUGUUGUAACUGCUGUCCCGUUUAUUCAGUAAAAAUACUUAUGGAACUUUGAGUUUGACACCAAAAUACAUUUCUGUCAGCGUGAUUAUUCUGGGCCACGAUUAGCUUCAUUUGGUUUUUAAGACUACUUUUCCCCCCUAAUAGAUAUCAAAAUGGAAAAAGGAAAAAGAGUGUAUUGAAGGGGAGAGGUGCAUCAUUCAAUUGUGGUCGCUUUUGUUUUUUUGCUGAUCGCCAUGGAAGCCAAAGAUGAGUUCCCUGUCUCAAAUUCAGGUGGUGUGUUGAGAUGACAGCAGCAGCAGUUGACUGUGAACACACAUGCGGUGGCGGGUGUACGACAAACUCCAGAGUGUUUAUGCACACGAAGCAGGAAGCUUUCCACCAGAUCUGCCACAGCAGCAGUUGCUCCAAACAUCAACAUCUACGGAGAAACCUGGUUUCCCAUUCGUUGCAUUGGCUUGAAGGGCCGUCAUGUGUUUUAGAACAUUUUCCCUCCUAUGUGUCGUUUCCAGAUGAAAUGUUUUUUGCUGAAAGGUGUUUGUCUUCCAGUUGCUUCCGUUUAGUGAAGAAACUCUCGUCUCCCAUGUCGACAUGCUAACACAGGUGACCUCCUGUCUUUCUCUGAGUUAAAACAGGAGAGCCCGAGAAGCAGCAUCCUUCUUCUAGUGAGCUUUCCUUUGUUUGUUCGUUGUGUUUGCCUGCAGGAGAGGAAAAAUGCCCCAGAGGUGUCAGUGGGCAGCUGCCUGAUUGUUGUCAAUUGACCCCACCUCCCUUUCUGUGUCAGCGUCGUUCGCACCCAAAGGCCUUUUGUGAGCCUGAUUUGAUUACUAACGGCCACUAAAAUACUCUGUCCUUUCAAAAAAAAAUUUAAUAAGAAGCUAAUGUGGUUAAAAUCCUUAAGAAUAAUUAAAAUGAUUUUUUUCUUCUCACCCUUGUGGACGAACCCAAAGUACAUCCCAACAGAGAAAAAGCUGCCAUGUGAGCCGACCACGUCCAGGUGAAAGUUGACACUUUUCCGAUGUGCUGACGGCUGGAUGUGUGAACUGCCCGACCCUCGUCUGCGGCUUUACCGAAAGACAAAAGAAAGCUCAUCUCAUGCAUUGGAGCAAUAUCCACAUGCAUUUCUGAGGAAGGAGUAAUCAGAGCUCCACGGUGGGGGGUGGGCCGUCCCUGCAAAGGCGCUGAUUUCAGGAUGAUAAUGCCCCCCCCCCAUGCGCAGGCUUUGACGGCUCUCACCUUUUAAAGAAUGCUUGAGGUGGAAACUGGUGUGCUUGAGGUUCAAAAUCGUUUGUUGUGCAGCAUUUUUCAUUGAUGUUAGAAACACGAAUGUCCAAAACGGCAGUCGAAAUGCUUUCAGCAAAACUAUGCAUCCUUUCUUUAUAAUUUUUUAACUUUUUUGCUGAUCUAAUAAACUUUAUUCAUGUUGACUGUUUGCUUCAAAGGAGGGGAGGCCAAAAGGUGUUAAAUCAUUGCUAAAAAAACAUUCAAAUAUUUGCUUUCCAAACUGUUGACAGGGUCAAGGGGCGGAGUUUGUAUCACCUGAAAUAUGAUGUAGCAAAAGUGUUUAAAGAGAUAAAUGUUGUUGAAGCAAGCACACAUUUAAAAGAGUAGACUAUGUUUUAUUAAAUUACUACAUCUGUCACACAUAGCGUGGGGGGGGGGGGUCCUAAAGGUACAAAUCAAGUUGUGUGUGUGUGUGUGUGUGUGUGUGGAGGAGAUAAAGAUUCCUGCUCACUGUACUUCUUCCUGUAUUAUUUAAAGUGGGGGGCAAUGACGGAGUGAAAGGUUUCUGCAGUCCCCUUUUUUGCUUCACAUCCUCUGUAAAUAUGAACCAUAUUUUACAAAGCUGUGGAUCUAUUUAUACAACUUGAAGUUUGUUCACGUGUUCAAUGCAGAAAAAUGAUGUUCAAUAAAAUGCACAUGAUUCUUCUCAGAACCGUUGAGGCUUUUUGGGAAGGUUUACAGACUCUUAUUUUGAAAUAUUUUACAAAUUAAAACGAUUAAAAUGUGUAGGACCUGGUGGAAAAUAAUGUAAAUCAUAAAAAAAAAAAAA